UGUAAUGGCGGCCAGAUUUGAGAAUUGUUGAGGGUAAGAAUUUAAUGUUUUUGCAAGAUGCCUACUAGAUCACGGACGAAAACUUCUAUAAGCGACUUCGAAUGGAUUGGCCAAGAAACUGUAGAUGAUGGAAAAGCUUUUUACAGGUAAUUAUCCUUCUUAGCGAUAGGUUGACUUCAAGUUUUAUCUUGUGGCUUAGAAAAUCAAACUCGCAUCACUACCUUUCAACCAUAAGACAUAAUAAAUUUGAUACAAUCUGAGCAACGUUCGAAGUUACUUCAUGAUUUAACUCGAGAUGAAAAGACGAUUGUUUGAAAGCUGCUGGGUCUCUCAAGUACACAACAACUGCUUUGGGUAUCAUCAAAGCAUGAGUCUCUGUCGUGCAAACUGAAAUGUAACGGCAUGAAGGGAUGGGAAGUAUUGGUGUGCAAAAAAUUGACCGAAAUUGGACCCCCUCCCCCUUUCUCAAAAAUUUUUUGAUCUGCCCCCGUUUUUUCAUGUUACACAGCAUGACACAGGGAGGAGACAUGCAACUGGACAGAAAUGUUGCAGAGGGGUAGAGUGGGAACAAUGGAGGGAGGUUAUAUACCAUUAAUUUUUGGGGGGUGGGUGUACUGUUAUGUUGUGACCCUGUAACCUUAGCCUGGCUAUACCAGAUUGUGAAUAGCUGUAUUAAACACAAUAAUAUCAACCAGAAAGUACCCUCUAGUGAUAAUACCCCUUUUCACGGUUUAUGACGCCAUCUUGGCUGGGGUGCAACCACGGCUAAAAUUACAGUGAUUCUAUGUGAUUUUGGCCCACUUGGAACUGCUAUAAUGCUGCUACAAAAAAGGCGGAUUUCCAACAUUUGCCACUACUUUAAAUAGUUUUAUUGAUAUCAUUCAUUCAACAGAAAAUAAGGCUAUUAAAGAAGGUACGAAAUCCGUAAAUUUGAAUCAUAAAUCUUCUCAUGUGGCUUCUAAUUUCAUGAUAAUUUGCCUAAUGUUGAUUAGAAGGAUUUGUAUGAAAUCUUAAAAAUUUGUUUACGGUCAUUAUAACCUGAAUCUCUUCUUUAUACUUCAUGAAAAUAAUCUCAGUAUACAAAUGUAUUUUAAAAUACAUUUUUGCUGUGGAAAUCCACCUCUUUGAGGCGGUGUUAUAGCAGUUCCAAGUGGGCCAAAAUCCCAUACAUUCACUGUAAUUUUAGCUGUGUUUGCCCCCCAGCCAAGAUGGCAUCAUAAACCGUGAAAAGGUCUAUUUUCGAUGAACUAUACUCAAUUCUAGACCAAGUAAAAAAGGCUCUGAUUGUGUGGUUCCAAAAAUUAUCCAUACCUCCCCCACGGAAGGGAUUUUUCCUUAAACUCCCCCACCUCUCUGAAAAUUCCAGUCAAGCUUCAUACAUUUACUUAAGUUUCUGGGCCUUUGAGAACCCCCCACCACCGAGGAAUUUCCAAUCCCUUCUGUGCAGGGAGUAUGGAUAUUUUCUGGAACUACGCAUUGUGAACUUGAUCAAUUUUUUCAUCAGUGAAUGCAGAUUCAAUAGCUGUUUAUUGAAAUGUGGUGACAAUGUUAUUGUCAGUGGAGGCAACGAUGAAUACUUUGUUGGCUGUAUUGAGAAACUCUACAAACAUGAGGAAGCAAAAGAUCCAAACAGAGCUGUAGUUCAAUGGUAUUUUACCUACGAAGAACUGAUGAAAUUGAGCAAAAAGGUAGCUGUUGAUGUACCAGAACCUUGGAGAGAACUCUUUUUACCUUGCUCUGAACAUGUUAAGGGUAGCAUGGAAGACAUCGAUGCUGAGACUAUUUCCAGAAAGUGCACUGUAUUAAAACUUAAACUAAAGGAUUUGCCUCCAGACAGUUUAAACUGUGAUAAAGAGAAGGAUUUAUUUUAUGUGCGCUACAAGUUUGACCAUCAUUACAACCUUUAUCCUGUAAAUAAAAAGAUUGCUGGAGAGUCCUCGUUAAAAAGAGAACCAAGUUCGACAAUAACUUUGAGUAACACAAAAACCCCAAAAGCUUCUUCAAGGAGAUUGUCAUCAAGAAAUCAGACACCCCUUCAGGAAAACACAUUUGAUAAAGCAAGGGAGACACCACAAGCAAAAAGGACACCAGCAAGACGAAAACGUGAGUUACAUUUUCAUCAAAAUAAAUACCGUAAAAAUAUAAGCCCCCCAAACUCGUAAUGCAAAAAACCCUCUGUUAAACCACCCCUCCAAAUAUAUUUAGUAAAAAAAAGCAAAAACGGUAAAUUUCCUUCCAACUAUAAGGCUAGCCCAAUCGCCUUUGAAACGCAAAUUUCGCUCCUUAGGUAAUCUGCUCCGAAUAUAAGCCCCUUCAAAAAUAAGCCCCUCAAAAAGGGCCUUUAAAGAUAUAAGCCCCGGGCUUAUUUUUGGAAUUUUACAGUAAUACGUUUUAUAGCUCUUAAGUUGUUUAGCUCAUUAAUAAUACGUUUAGCCCAUUAAGUCCCAAGAGUGUCAAACAUCAAUUUUCUCCCAACAAUAUUAAAUAUUAUUAUUAUUCAUAAAUAUACAGUAGAACCCUGAUAACUCAUACUCAGAUAACUCAAACUCCCUGCUAACUUGAGCUAAGCCCCAUUUCCCUUGGAUUUAUACAGUCAUGCAUUUUUGCUCAGUUAACUGAUCUUGGGUUACUCAAAUCCCUUGCUAAAUUGAACUAAAUUUCCUUUCCCUUGAUCAAAGUUUUACAGAAAUGUGCCACAACAACUUGAAUUCUGGUUCUUGUAACUCCAUUCGGAUGCCAUUUCGUUAGCUCUUCUUGCUGUAUAAUUUGGUGAAACUACUAAAACUAACACAACAGCAGUAAAUUUGAUUUUGAUUGAUGCAAUCAAUGUAUUCCAGGGUAAAAAACAUCAUAAUUUGACAGGUCUAAUUGCCUUCGUUAUUGACAUGUUUUUGACAUACAGUACAUGUAUGUGUUACAAGUGGGUAGAUACGCGGCAUAAAAAAGUCUACAGGCUUGCCCGCCAUUUUUUAUCCCCCAGGCCAAGUUUUUCUCUUUGUAUUUCUCCACCUGGGAGUCUGUUUGCAGGCUAUUGCAGUCAAGUCACAUGACUCCAGACUUGUGGCACAAUGGAAGUCCCGGAUAUACACUGCAGUGACCCACUAAUCUAACCACUCAUAGAGUGUGCACUUGCAUGUAGUGAGACAUUCUUCAAAUAAUCUUAAUUGUUUUCUUCUGUACAUGUUGUACAUGCAGUUAUAGAUCAUUCAUCGACGAAGAAAAAUGCCCCAGCUAGUGUCAAUAACACAGCAGUGAAAACCAAAUGUAAAGUGCCUUUGGAGCCACUAGUGUUCAAUAGUGGCUGUGUUGUUCCUGCUAAGAGGAGGGCAAGUCGUAGCAUUCCUGAUGAUUCAAGCGUCACGCCCAAAAGAAGCAAAGGCUGUGAUGCCAGUACAAAGAAGUCAAAAGAACCAAUACACUCACCAAGGCAACGAUUUGGUAGGUUUUUGAUCACUGACAGUCAACUCCUCUUACGCAUUUUGCUCUGUCUUCUGUCAUCUGACAGAGCUAGCUUUUGCUCUUGAUGAAAGAAAAAACAAAUAGAAAGCCAAAAAAAAAAACAAAACAAAAAACAAGCAAACCAAAAAAGACAAACUAACAAAAACCAAAACCAACAAAGGAAAAGAGGAAUGAAACAGAGAUAAGAUAGUUACUGAAAAGGGCUUAAAUGCCUAGAGCUUUUUGUAUUAAAACCAAGAAGACUUUACUAAAUUGAUGACUUAAAAUUUGAAUAAAGCAUCAGCAACAAAAUGACCAGCAACUAGAUGUAACAAACUAGUGGUUAUCCAGAAAAGUGACUUACUGACCCACAGGAUCAGUUUGCAAAAACAUAUACCUGUGCUCAUGGGCUCUAUUAUUUUAAUCAAAACUACAUGCAAACCUCAACUUUAAACAUGAUGGCAGUGUUCUUUGUUGAAUCUAAUAUUAAUCAUGUGUAGGAGUCAGCUAAUUUCGAGUUUAGUCAUACAUACAUGACUUUGUAUGUUUGUCUUGGAACUCUUUUGUUUGUGGCAGGAACGGCUGAGGUUCUUGAGCAAUUAUUUGAAGUCGAUGAAGAUGAUGACAAUGACAAUGUCUUUCACUCCAGUGAUGAAAGCAGUGAUGAUGAUCAUUUCUGUCCUAAAGCAGGUAAAAGUUAAACGUAAUGUGUUUAGGACAGCUAGUGUUGGCUAAUCUUUAUCAAGUGCUACAUUAAUUUAUAACUUUACCUUGUUGUUUUGGAAAUUAGAGGAAGCCAAUUUGUGAAGAGUAUGUUAGGUUUAUGCGAUUGACUUCCUUCUGGGAUACAUGUAAGGUUCUCUCCUCUCGUGUGUUGCAUUCUUGCGCUCUUUAAUCUCCCCUUUUCUUUCUCCUUUAAACACCUAAAACGCAGGCUACAGAGUCGUGGAGUUUUAAACAAGUGUGGCAGUGAUCAAUAAACUCUUUGGAAUAGCAUUUACAGACCAAAUUGGUCAAGAUAAAAAAGAACUUUGGUCAAGCAAAUUAAAACGGCUAUUAAAUCUCGCAGGUCUUGGCGACAUAUGGUGAGCGAAAACGAACACUCCCGCAAUCAUGAGCUAUAUACGACAGAGGCUUUUAGACAUAGAACAGCAAAUAUGGAUUAGCGAAAUACGCAAUGAUGAACGAAAGGACCGGCAUCAAAAAAACAAACUAAGAACUUUUAGGAAAUUUAAACUUACCCAUGACUACGAAAAUUACCUCACAAAUGUAAGAAACAUCAGUCAUAGAGUAGCAAUCACAAAGCUAAGAUUAAGCAAUCACAAACUAGCAAUUGAAACUGGGCGAUACGUUAAACCCUAUCAACCACCAGACCAAAGAAUCUGUCCAUUAUGUAAAACUGGAUUAGAGGACGGGGAGCAUUUUUUGAUGAAUUGCAUAGCCUAUAGGGAUCCUAGGAAGAGCUGUUCAAUACGCUAAAAAAGGAAACUAAUCUUUUUCUUGACUCUAUGACUCCAAGCUCUGCCUUUGCAACGUUGAUUAGUAUGAAGCAAGGAGAGAAA